AUGUUCCGACAGCUGGAAGAGAAAAGGAAAAAGUCAAUCUUCUCGGUGUUGGGGCUCUCUAACCAGGAAGUAUUGGCUUCCUCAUCCUGCCCUGCUUGCUUUGGGCCACAGCCCCCUAAUUUGUCUGAUUAUACUGCCAACAUGCGCAAUCGGCUUAUAGUUUGUCUUGAUGGCAACUUCCAGCACCGUCACCAAAUCAAAGCUAGUCGCAAUCACGAAAAACUACGUACACCUCAAUUUUUCAUCAGCCAAGCAGAUGUCGAUAUUGUCUCACAAGAAAUUCGGCACCAAGAAGCUCAAGGAAUGACUCCUGAACAGGCCGAUCGUUGUACAGAAUCUCACAAGGCGGCGGACGACAAACGUAAUGAAUCAACAUGGAAAGGAUGUGACGACACUGGGCUAAUGGGAUGCUGCUGCCGACACGAUGCAGCUAUCUAUUUGACAAACAUAUACAAAUCUGGCGAGCAGAGGCACUUCCCGAUGACCAUAAUCAAGAAGCUUCUCUCCGACAUUGAGCCCAACCGUCAAGUUGGAAUAUUCGCCAACUCAUACCACAAUAUCGAAGCCAACUUAAAUUUGGAACAUCAGUCUUCCAUGCCUAUGCCCACAACUGGCUCUGCCAACUUGAAUUUCAUCCUAGAUUCAAUAAAGGCUGGGGGUUGUCAGAUGGUGAAGGUCUUGAGAGGCUUUGGUCUUAUCUCUCCUCUCUUGUCAGCCCCUUAA